AUGGAUAUUACCAAAGAGUUCCACAAAGUGGCAUUUGAUUGUUUUAAAGAAGAACAUAAAGAAUGUAGUGAAAAUGGACUAAAAAGUUUAUUUGAAAAAGAGUGUAUUUCCAAACGAGAAACAAAAGAUGGUUUUAAUGAAAUUAUCAAAAAGAUUGAAAUGGAAAUUGAUAAGAAAAUAGAAAUGGAAAACCAAAUAAUUCUUGACAUGGUAACAGGGUCAGUUGAUAUUAACACAUUCUCAGAACAACAAUCAGUUGGAGA